UCCUGCAUGUUGCCUACCCAAACGACCACAGAGUCGGUGAAGGUGUCGCCUCAGUGCGAGCUGUAUCAUACAUUUAAAAGAAGUGGUGAUGACAGAACAAGUUCGCACUGUUGGAUUAUAGAUUAUGAAAAUGUAUGGUAAUGUGUAAUGCCCAUGAUGCCAUUGUGGUAAAGAUGACCGACCUGCAGCGUGUGUUUCUCUGAUAUGGAUUAGGCUUUGUGGGCCUGGUCAGGUGACCUUGUUGACACACUCCUAUAAUGAGGACACACCAAGGAAGCGUCUUUGAGUUUGACACGACUUAAAAAUCAAAACAGUAUCAUGUUAGCCAUCAUCACCCAGUCUUAUUUAAAUUACAGAUGCAUGAAAGCCCAUAUACACACGUGCGGCUCCUGUGGGACAAGGUUAAUCUAUAUGUUUCAAUUUUAAAAUGGCAACUUUGAAGUUGUGGCGAAGUGAACACAAGAGGUGAAAGUGUAAAACUGAGUUAAAGGUCUUAUUGACGUAGGGUUUCAUGGACCUGCAGAGACGUUGAUCCUUUUGAACAUUGCAUAAAAGUAAAAACAAAUUCUCUCCUAAAUGUUUUCCAAGGAACUUGUGUGCCCUGUUACCUGAGUUUUUUUCUGUCUAUUUAAAUGACAGUGUUGUUUAUGCCCUUCUUGUUUACCCACAUGCUUGUUGAUUAGUGAGUAGUUGUCAUAUGUUGAAUGUUUGAAUGUUUAUUCCAAUUUCUGAUAAACGAUAAUUGAAAUCUAUUGCACAAUCACUGUUGAUGCAAUGAUCAAAGGAUCAAAGACACAUUCCUGUGAUCAUCGCAUACAACUGGUAGUGAAUCCUGUCAGAUUCCUAUCUCGAGACACUAAGUUAUUUGACCGCGUUCGGAAAUCCAAAACCAGACCGAGACCACCACCCGGAAAGACGAGCACAAUUUCUUAGAAACCACAUACAGACAGCUAAAGGAACUCUUCGUCACAACAAGGCCUGGUUAUUGGAACCGUUCUCUCAAGAAGGAAGCUCCUGGAGAGAGCCAGACAGGCUGGUUUGGGUGGAUUCAAGAAAACAAGUAGAACCAAACCUACUGUCAAGGAGAUGUGGGAUGGGGAGGAAGAUUUGAAGGAGGAGGAUGAGAGGUCAUCAGCCUUGGGGACCUUGCAGGAACUCCAGGAAACCCGUCCCAUGGAAAGCACUGACUGCAAUGAUGUACAGGAUAUGUCAGCAGGAUUGAUGGACAGGGGAAAUGGGGAGGAGGAGGAAGAGGACGAAGAAGAAGAGGAGGAGGAAGAUGAUGAUUUGAAUGAUCCGAUUGAAGUACAGCAGCAAACUGCUCAACAUUCAACUAAAGCACAUUUCAUGCAAAAUAAGCAGCCUGGCCUGUCGCUGACCUGUGGUGAAGGAGGCCGCAAGAAUUUAGAGCUAAAGUUAGAGUCUUCCUCGCUCAGAGGGCAAGAACCAGAGGUCGAUCCUGAUCCUGAUCUUGACCCUGACCCUGAUGGUGACCUUGAAAGUAAUCCACACGGAGAGUCUUUUCCAUGUCAGCACUGUGAGCGUCACUUCUCCACCAGACAGGGCCUGGAGCGUCACAUACACAUUCACGCCAUCACUAACCAGCAAACACAACUGUUUAAGUGCCGAUACUGCAGCAAACCCUUUGGCUCACAGGUUGGCCGGCGCCGGCAUGAGAGAAGGCAUGAAAGCGGUUUCAAGAAAAGGCCUGGUUCUCUGGCCGGAACUGCCAGUUUUCUCGGUCCUGUGGUGAAGAACGACGGCUCAAGUCCCGACUGCACCAGCCCAACUAGUCAGUAUAUAGCCAUAGGGUCCCAGUUUGCCAGAGGACCUCUACACAACUCUGAGUUACAGAGGAAGGAGUUUGGGCCCCAUGGUGACCGUCCUUUUAUAUUAGAUGAUAAUGGGGAGUCAAAGGAACUCCAUCCUUGCAAGUAUUGCAGUAAAGCAUUCGGCACACACACCAACAUGCGGCGACACCAGCGCAGAAUACACGAACGACACUUGCUACCGAAGGGAGUUCGCAGGAAAGGAAUGCUGCUGCAGGAGGCGUCGGUGCAGCAACAGCAGCCGCCUGGUGAGUCCCCCAGCACCAGCCCUCCGCCCGUCUACGUGCCCAGUGCGGACACAGAGGAUGAGGUGGACAGGGAUGAUUACGCAGUUGACAUAUCCAAGAACAUCUCAGAGAAUUUGAGCUUCUACAUUGACGGCAAGAUUGUGUCCACCAGUUCAGUGAGCACCUGUGAGGUUAUUGAGGUGGACUCCAGGUCGGCAGCUCUGUUCGGUCUGGACACGGUCAUACUCAGUCCGAAUCAGAUCAACCAGGCGUUGAAGGCGGAGGGGAGAACAGGUGCUGCAAAGCAAGUCUCUAACAUCGGCCAGCCAGCAGCAAAGAGGAGAACAUCUACACCUCCAUUUAUUCCCAACCUUAAAGUGGAGACUGAGUCGGCACCUUACGCAGCCUCUUCUUCAUCCUCAUCAUCUUCUACAUCUUCCUCCUCUAACUUACUCGUGGGAGGACUGUUCCAACAAGCCACAGACUCAUCAGCAUUUCUAAGAGAGAAAACUGUUUAUCUCUCACCUAAGCUCAAACAGCUACUUCAGACACAGGAUAUUAAGAAGUCAACCAUUGCCCUGAUAACAGAAAGCCAUAGACUGGCCUCCCAGCUGUCAGUCACGCCACUGCCAGGGGCUUCAGGCAGGUUCAAAAGGAGAACAGCAUCUCCCCCUUCGUCCCCACAGCUCAGCCCCGCUUGUAAAACGGAGAGCUGUAAAGCCGAGGUUGCAAGUUCAUACGCCCUGAAGGUUCCAAAGCUUGAAAGCCACAGUGUGUCACUUCCUGGGAGCCUACUGGACAAAGAUGAUGGGGACACCCUGAGCCCCUCUGGAAACAACACGCACAGCCAAACCUCUCCUGGCAGCGGAGGGAAUUCCUGUAACCAACAGCCCUUGGAUCUGUCAAACUCUGUCAGUCGGAAAAGUGACAGCUUGAACAAGGUGCUUGGCGAUUCAGCUCUUGAUUUGAGCUUUACUCGCAAGAGCGGAGCCGAGUCUGAAUUAAAGGGAAGUCCACAGCCACUAAUAAAGAAGAGAAAGCCAAACACCAGCAUGCUUGAAAAGGUGCUGAUGAACGAAUAUGUAGGUCUGACUUUGCCAGGAGAGGAAGGCCCCUCGGCCUUGGCAAACCUAAGUUGUUUCCAAUCUCGGUCUCCAAAUGUUGCAUCAGAGUCGGCCCACCCCUCUCCGCCCUCUUUGACUCCUGUCACCAUGAACCCUUCUUCACCUGGCAACUCUAGCGUGACAUCCUCGACACCGCCACCCCCUGUACUACCUACCAUACCGUCUCCACCGGCAAUGCCUUGCUCUCCUCUCUCUCAGCCUUCAAACUCCGCUGCGCUUAGACCUCUUCCUGUUCUUUCGCCAAAAAUGUCUCCAAGAUCAGUUGAACACAAGCCCCUGUCUGAUUCAGAGAAGAUUUUGUCAGCAGAGGAAAACGAAUAUGAGGACCAGACCUCUGAGCCAUUGGACUCCCCGAGCACUCCAGUUAAAGAUCCCCUCAAUCAUUCGACACCAAGCCCUCCAGAGCCUGCAGCAGUAGAGCUGAAUGCUAUGGAAGAUGUUUCUGCGUCAACAACUUGCAACAGUCUGCUGAACGGCAGUUUGAAUCAAGACCAUGACUCGGUAUCUGAGAAAUCUUUGAAAUCUGCUGCUGUCUCACCUCAACCAGAUUCCUCAUCUCCCUCGCAAUCUCCUCCUCCUGCAUCAAAGGAUCGAUCCCCAUCGCCUGUUUCGCAGUCCCUCCUUCAGAUUAAGAUAAAAGAGGAGCCUCAGCACUGCAUAGACGAGUUGUCUAUUAUGAAUUACGCACCUCGAGAUGGUGUCGACACUUCAUCUCAGCCCGCUGCUCUCGAUAAACCGUCUGAUAAAACCUCUGUGACAGAGGAGCUCGACUCAACAUACUGCAAAACCUUUGUGUGCAAUGUCUGCAAGGAGCCGUUCAACUCCAUCAAAGAGCUCAGUGGACAUAUCACGGCUCAUGCUGCGGACUGGCCCUUCAAGUGUGAAUUCUGUGUGCAGCUGUUUGGUGACACGCCCGCGCUGCUGGCUCACCGGACAGCGCUGCACGGGGUUGGCAGGAUCUUUGUGUGCUCUGUUUGUUCCAAAGAGUUUGCCUUCCUCUGUAACCUGCAGCAGCACCAAAAGGACCUGCAUCCAAAUGAAACGUGUUCAAAUACAACUGUGGAGACCGGCAAGCUCCGGCCACAGAACUACACCGAUCCAUCCAGAGCCAAAGAGGAAACCAGUCCCUCGCCACCAGCACCAGAGACGACUAGUGAACCUGCUCCACACAGUGACUCUGAUUUAGCAAAAGAGGAACCUGAUGUAAACGGUGAUCAUGCAGACGAUGGAGCAGAUGACCCCAACGAGGAGCUAUACACUACAAUAAAGAUCAUGGCUUCAGAAGGAGGGAAGCCCAAAGACCCGGACGUUCGCCUGGGCAUUAAUCAACACUACCCCAGUUACAAACCGCCUCCUUUCCCCUAUCACAGCCGUUCCCAUGCUGGCUCAGUGGCCUCGGCGACCAACUUCACCACCCACAACAUACCACAAACUUUCAGCACUGCCAUUCGCUGCACCAAGUGUGGCAACAGCUUCGACAACAUGCCCGAGCUGCACAAGCACAUAUUGGCUUGUGCCAAUGCGAGUGAUAAGAAGCGUUACACUCCCAAGAAAAACCCCAUCCCCCUCAAGCAAAUAGUGAAGAGCCCGAACGGAGUCGUGUCACCCACAGCAGCCACUGCCAGCCAGAGUGCUUUCCGUAGAAUGGGUCAGCCAAAGAGACUUAACUUUAAUCAAGAUACCGGUAAAACAAAAAUGAGUGCCCUCAGCAAGAAGAAGAACCAGCUGGUACAAAAGGCGAUUUCACAGAGAAAUAAAACUGCCACUACUGCAAAGAAGGCUACCGUUAAAACUGAAGAGGAGCAGCCCUCGAAUGUCUGCCCCCACUGCAGCCGGGAGUUUACUUAUCCCGCAAGUCUAAGUAAACACAUGGCGGUCAGCUGUCCCAUGAAGCCCGUUGUGAAAAAGGGCAAAAAAGGUCUCACAGAGGUGAAAAAGGAGGCGGCAUCUGUGGGAGAUAAAAGCAUGAGUCUUAGGAAGAAAGCUUCAGACUGUGAAAUACAGCAGACAGAGCCACAGCCCAAACUUCUUGGGAAGACCAGAGCUCGUAGUUCUGGUGCAGCAAACCCCAAACCGUCCCAGGCAAGCAAAGGAAAAAACACUGCUGCUCUGGGCAGACUAAAGAGGCCCGCGUUAUUCCCCACCCCUGUUCCUGCUGGCAAAAAAGCUAAAAAGGGCCAAGUUCAGUCUCUACCUCCGACCCUGUCGCCCCCGGACCCCCCCAGUGACACUGCUCAACAACGGCCGGCCAUGAAAAUGCAGCGCAUGGGCAAGGAGGCGGCCCCCAAGAGAAUAGCAGAGGCCAAAUCUCUACCAGCGCUACAACAGCUGAAGAAAGAGGAGCGGUUCUCCCUGCGAAGCAGAGACAGAGUAGGUGGUCCGGUCACCAGGAGCUUACAGAUGUCCAGUGCAGCUCCUCCUGCUGAGGUCAGAACUGAUGAACCACCAGUGAACCAAGAACCUAAAGAGACUCAGGAUGUGCCGACAAAGUGAGCCACGGUGGACGUUGUUGAGCUCGCCCUGGGAUGAUGGCGUUCACCUCUCAGGCAACGCUCGGGAAAUUGCCGCGGCACUGACGGCGCUGAGGUCGACCUCUCGCGGUGGGCUUAUUCACUCAAAACAAGUGAAGUGUGCUUGUCUCAACUGCCUUUGCUGGAUUUAAGGAGGGGACCUCUCUUUAUCUUCCAUCUAAUCAACUGAGCCUCGAUUUUAGCCAGCCUUGCAAAAAAAGAAGAAACUGUACAUGACAAUGAGUUAAUAUAUACAACACGUGUCAUUACUUGACCCAAAACAGUAAUGUUAGGGCUCCGUUAUUUUGGAAAGCUGAUAUAUUGCAAACGGCAAUCACGUAUCAGUUAGUUAGGGAAGGUUGUUUAUUCUUUCGUUCCUUUUUCCCCCCCGUUCAGUUGUUUAGAUUUUUGGAUGUUCUCAGAGUCUCUUAAUGCAUGUGCUGAAUAGAGUAUAAACUAGAUCAAGCCAAUUUCCAUGUCUCACAAUGGGCACCUACUUCAGUUUAUACAUGAUUUGCAAAGUAUGUAUGUUUGAUUUAAAUUCCUGUAGUCAUUAUAUUGUAGAAUAUAUCUUGUUGGUGUAUUUUUGUUUGGGAAACAAAAAUUGAAAUGGUAGUUUACUGCAACAAUUGGUCCUCAGGAACACUGUACAUGUGUGUGGUAAGUAUGUGAAUGGUUCUGCUUGGAUGUGUGGCCUCACAGCGAUUCCUUCUGGUCUAAAUCUCAAGUAUGUCUUGUUUUUGUUUAAUCCCCCCCCCCCCCCUCCCCGUUUUAUCUGACAUUAGCAGGUAAUUCCACUUGUAAAAUAAUGGGGAAUUAUAUGUAAAGUCCUUCAAAUUAUGUCCGUCUUGAAAAUUAUUUUGAAUAUGACUCACGCAGCCCAGUGUUCCUACAGCACUUUAAACCAAACUGCCAACAUUUCUAGCUGGACAGAUAAGAAUUGGCUUUAUUCAUCGGUGAAUAACAGAAUGAACUCGGGUCUGUUGCACUUUGCAGACACUGGUCAUUUACGCCAAAUUGGUGCAAUUCAUUCAUCUGCUCUCAAAUAUUACUUCUACUGCCUUCCUGUUGAAUCUGUAAUAAAAUUUGUUUUCUCCGUUAAAGCAAUUUAAGGAAUGAAAAUGACACAUGGAUCUACUUAUCUGCUAAGAUGCAAGGUAUUAAUAACAGAUCCUAGAAGAAAAGUUGCAUGCUGCAGUAUUUCAGCAGGUUUUUCUCCCUUGUGAUAAGUUGCUUCAUGUGUCAAUUUUCAUACAAGAGCCAUGUAACUGAAUGAUUUUUUUUGUUUUAUUCUGAGGAUAAAGUCAUCUUUAUUUCACUGACUUGUUAAAUGUGGUAAGACUUUAAAUGAUGAAAAUGUCCCCCGCCAAUGAAAAGCUUCCGAAUUUUAGUUUUUACUCUAGUACUCCCACUUGUUUCAUGCUUGGCCACACUCAUUGUACCAUGGAGACGGACACACAGGCAGCGCUUGAGCGCUCGUAGCAUGUUAUGGCAAAGUAAAUUGAACAAUAUGAUUUGAAGCUAAUUUAUUUUUCCAUGAGACAUUUUCAUGUUUUGCCUUUCAGCAUAAACAUGUAUUUAAGGAUGAACAAAGACUAAAAUCCCAAAUGACCUCAAGUAAGACAUUGCUGUAAUUGACAUAAUAAAAAAAGUUUUUCAA